UGUGUAUUUAUGUAAGGUAAUCAUGACAACUUCCCUUUGCAACAUUCACCAUCACGACAGCAAAAUACGACAAUGGCACCAGUAGUAGAUCAACUUCUAGCCCGUGUGGCAUCAACAAGUACUCAACUUCCACCAUUACAAGUAAGAAAGACAUUCGAUAACGAUCUAACGCCAGAAAUUGAUUCUUUUGCAAAACAAAAUUCUCCUGAUCGACCUUGCGUUAGAGCUGCACUUCAUAUCUUAAAUGAUGAUAUAGAUCGUGCUCAUAAAAUUUGUCAAGAUAACGAAGGUGAUCCUUCAACUGACCUUUGUCAUGCAAUCUUACAUAGAAGAGAAGGUGAUUUUUGGAAUUCAAAAUUAUGGUAUAGAUUGAUCAAACAUCCUUUGAUCGAUCAAGUACAUGGUGGAACGACUGGUGCUCAAUCAUUCGUCGAUAAUGUUGAAUUGAUCGUUGCGCCUGGAAAGAGAAGUGGUCCUAAUACACCUUGUGCGGCAGGAAAUUUGGACACACUUAAACGCAAACAAGCAGACGAGCUGGAACAACUUGUUCAAUACGUUCUCAAGGGAUAAAUGAUCAUCUUCUUGCGAACCGUUGUAUAACACAUUAACAAUACAAAAAUAAAUACACGAUAUUCUGCUCUCAAUCAGAGAAGUAGUACAUCUCACUGAGAGAGACUACUGAUUCAUCAUCAUCGUCCAUCUCUUCAUCCUCUGGAGGGCUAA